AUGCUAGACAGCGAGGAAGAAUCACCCUUCGUGGUCAUAUCUCUGCCGUCAUAUAGCUACGAGCCUUUCGCAGCGAGUUACGGCAAGAAGAACGGCAUGUGGUACGGUGGGACAACUACUGGGACCGGUGCGUGGAGCCGUACUGGGACGCGCAAGCAGUCAGUUGCGGAGUCCGAUGCACCCCCACCAGGUGGCGAUUGCUUUAUGAUGCUGGAGUUUAUAAAACUUACUAUAUAUGCUAAUCUUUAUGCAAAUGAUCACACAAACGAAAGACUAGAUCAGAACAAAACUGUCACAAUAAGAGCGUAUGGCGUCAUACAUUGCCGUGUGUUAUUAAACUUACGAACGACGCAACCUUUUGAAGAGGUUCUAGAAGAUUUAGGACAGGUGCUGAAGAUGAGUGGAGCGAAAAGAAUGUACACAAUAACUGGACAAGAGGUUCGAAGUUUCUCUCAACUUCGGAAUGAGUUUGCAGAUGUGGAGACAUUUUAUUUGGGCUCUCUUGUCGUGGCACCUGCUUUGAGCCCUGGACCCAGUGCGCCUUUGCCUAUAGAAUCACCUAUUAGAAGAUCACGUUCAAGAGGAAACGUAGCAGUACCGCCAUUAUCUGAGGACAUGCGCGGAAGACGUGCUCGAAGCAAAAGUCGACCUCGGGUGCUCUAUGCGCCUGAAGGGGAGAUCGUUCGCAACUCAGACUAUACUCUAUUAGAAGUACUUAAAGAAGAACCAAUUCGCGUGACAAUCCGAGGACUACGCCGUACUUUCUAUCCACCCAUACAUCACGCGCCUCUCGAUAACUCCCCACCAGAGAAGAAAUUGCAGCUCGAAUGGGUUUAUGGGUAUCGAGGUACUGACACUCGGCGCAACCUGUGGGUUUUACCAACCGGAGAACUCUUGUAUUACGUGGCCGCCGUCGCCGUAAUGUACGACAGGGAUGAAGAGUCACAGAGACAUUACAUUGGCCAUACCGAAGACAUUCAAUGUAUGGAACUGCACCCGUCGCGAGAGUUGGUGGCGAGUGGUCAGCGCGCAGGUCGCGGACGUCGUGCUCAAGCGCACGUGCGCAUUUGGAGUACUGACACAUUGCAGACUUUGCAUGUUUUUGGUAUGGCUGAAUUCGAGACUGGUGUGUCUGCUGUUGCUUUCUCGCAACUCAAUGGCGGUAGCUAUGUGUUGGCAGUGGACGCUGGUCGAGAAAGCAUACUCUCAGUCUGGCAAUGGCAAUGGGGUCAUUUACUUGGCAAAGUUGCUACACUGCAAGAGGAAUUAACUGGCGCUGCAUUUCAUCCACUAGACGAUAAUCUUCUCAUCACACACGGAAAAGGGCACUUAGCAUUUUGGAACCGACGGAAAGAUGGGUUCUUUGAACGAACUGAUAUUAUAAAACCGCCAUCUCGUACACACGUCACAGCACUACAAUUUGAACAAGACGGAGAUGUCGUGACUGCUGAUAGUGAUGGCUUUAUCACAACCUACAGCGUUGACAGUGACGGUGCUUAUUUCGUACGAAUGGAGUUUGAGGCUCACAUCAAAGGAAUAAGCUCUUUAGUAAUGCUCUCAGAAGGUACUCUUAUUUCCGGAGGUGAAAAGGAUAGAAAAAUAGCGGCUUGGGACUCCUUGCAAAAUUAUAAAAAGAUAACUGAAACAAAGGUAGUGUUCGGACAUCAUAAACAACUUAUGGGACUCGCUGUUCAUCCUGAUGAUGAAAUGUUUGCCUCAGCAGGACAUGACAAAAAUAUUGCGUUAUGGAAGGGCCACAAAUUGGUAUUCGCCACGCAGGUUGGAUAUGAAUGCGUGUCUUUAGCUUGGCAUCCCAAUGGAGGAGCUCUUGCGGCCGGUAGUACAGAAGGUCACCUGGUCGUGUUAAAUGCUGAUGCUGGGACUCACGUAGCAACUCUCAGGGUCUGCGGUUCUCCACUCACCUGUUUAGCAUAUAAUUCUGCCGGAGACACAUUGGCCAUAGCCUCGCAAAAUGGAAGUAUUUACUUAUUCCGCGUUUCACGAGAUGGGUUCUCUUACAAAAAGUCGAACAAAAUUCGAGGUGCUCAGCCACUCACGCAACUCGAUUGGAGUCUUGACGGCAAUUACCUGCAAACUGUUACUGCUGAUUACGACUUGGCGUUCUGGGAUAUCAAAUCAUUAUCUCCUGAAAAAAGCCCGAUAGCAAUGAAAGACACCAAAUGGUCAACAUACAAUUCUACUGUUGGAUUCCUUGUAUCAGGUAUCUGGAACAAUCGGUUCUACCCUAUGACAACACUGAUUUCUACUGCGAGUCGAUCUACUGCCCACGAUCUCCUGGCCAGUGGUGACAUGGAUGGAUAUUUGCGACUGUUCAGGUACCCGUGCGCCAGCCCCAAAGCCGAAUAUAACGAAAUGAAAGUGUACAGCGGAACCGUACACUGCGCUCGCUUUCUCUUUAACGACCGCUGCCUGAUCAGCACGGGUGGAUCCGAUGCUGCUCUCAUGCUGUGGGACCUGGUGGACGACUAG